AUGGUAAACAACAGUACAACGCACUGCCCAGUGGAUGACGAAUUUAAGUACAUCCUGUAUGGAUGUAUAUUUAGCAUGGUGUUUGUGCUUGGCCUGAUUGCAAACUGUGUUGCUUUGUACAUCUUCAUCUGCACCUUAAAAGUGAGGAAUGAAACAACAACAUACAUGAUAAAUCUAGCUAUUUCUGACCUCCUCUUUGUGUUUACACUGCCUUUUCGGAUUUUCUACUUUGCGGCAAGGAACUGGCCUUUUGGAGACAUACUGUGCAAGAUAUCAGUGACUCUGUUUUACACAAAUAUGUAUGGAAGUAUCUUGUUCCUUACUUGCAUCAGUGUGGACCGUUUUUUAGCAAUCGUACAUCCAUUUCGGUCAAAGACCAUCAGGACAAAAAUGAAGGCAAAAGUUACGUGUGGGCUUGUUUGGCUCAUUGUGAUCACAGGCAGUGUCCCUGCAAGUUUCUUCCGAUCAACAAACACAAAGAAUAACAGCUCUUCAGAGACAUGCUUUGAAAACUUCUCUGAGGAUACCUGGAAAACCUAUCUAUCAAAGAUUGUCAUUUUCAUUGAAAUAGUAGGUUUCUUUAUCCCCCUCAUACUUAAUGUCUUCUGUUCAACAAUGGUUUUAAAAACUCUGAAGAAGCCAGUGACAUUAAGCAGGAGCAAGCUCAACAAAAGGAAGGUGCUGUUGAUGAUCGUUGUUCACUUGGUAAUCUUUUGCUUCUGUUUCAUACCCUAUAACAUAAAUCUGGUGCUUUACUCACUUAUGAGAACUCAGGCUUUUAGCAACUGCUCAGUGCAGUCAGCAGUCAGGACCAUGUACCCCAUUACACUCUGCAUAGCAGUAUCAAACUGCUGCUUUGACCCCAUUGUUUACUAUUUUACAUCUGAGACUAUUCAAAAUUCUAUCAAAAAGAGGAACCGUCCUAUGAGGAAGGAUUCACGUUUCUCUGAAACCAUUGGAUCAGACAAUUUUAUUCAGCAUAACUUACAGUCUCUAAAAGCAAAAAUAUUUGAGAAUGAGUCUACCAUAUGA